UUUAAUAAUUCUUCUCAUUUUAUUAUUCGCAUGAUGCUUUAGUCAUUUUAUGUCGAACGUUUUUAAUUCCAUUUCAGACUUUUACUGUUACUUACUUACCUGUGUGUCAAUACCUAAAAUCAUCCUUACGUUCGCCCACCAUUUUUAGUAUAUGUUUAUUAAUUAGAAUAAUUAUUAAAUUCCUAUCAUUUUAAUUAUCCACAGCGUCUUCUUCUAUUCUUCGCAACAUAUUUUUCAGUGCUCGGAUUAGCUUAAGAUUUAGUUUUUAAAAAAUAAAUAUUUUUAGGUUAGAUCACCGAAGCUUAAUGCUUAUGCAGAUGGAACAUUAUUUGUAUCAUCUAUAAUAUAACUGAUACCUGAAAUCUGGAAACUGCAUCCUAAUUGCUACCUUCCACAUUCAUGAAAAAGGUGUGCAUCUUAUAAGAAUCAUGCCUCUGUUCGGAAAGUCUCAAAAAAGUCCGGCGGAGGUGGUAAAGGCUCUCAAGGAAGCAGUUAAUGCAUUAGAGCGAGGUGACAAGAAGGUAGAAAAGGCUCAAGAGGAUGUCAGCAAAAAUCUUGUACACAUUAAAAAUAUGUUAUAUGGAACAGCUGAAACUGAACCACAGGCAGAUAUUGUCGUGGCUCAAUUGGCACAAGAAUUAUAUAACAGCAAUUUAUUAUUAUUGCUUGUGCAAAAUCUAAGUCGUAUUGACUUUGAGGGGAAAAAAGACGUUGCUCAAGUUUUUAAUAAUAUUUUAAGAAGACAAAUUGGGACAAGAUCUCCAACAGUGGAAUAUAUAUGUACCAAACCAGAAAUCCUGUUUACUCUUAUGUCUGGUUAUGAGCAUCAAGACAUUGCACUAAACUGUGGCACUAUGUUAAGAGAAUGUGCAAGAUAUGAAGCAUUGGCGAAAAUUAUGAUAUAUUCUGAUGAUUUUUAUAAUUUCUUUAGAUAUGUAGAGGUGUCUACAUUUGAUAUAGCAUCUGAUGCUUUUUCUACAUUUAAGGAAUUACUUACAAGGCACAAAAUUCUAAGUGCUGAAUUUCUAGAAGUUAAUUAUGAUAAAGUUUUCUCCCAUUAUCAAAGGUUAUUGAAUUCUGAAAAUUAUGUAACAAGACGACAAAGUUUGAAGUUAUUAGGAGAGCUUUUGCUCGAUAGACACAAUUUUACAGUUAUGACAAGAUAUAUUUCAAAUCCUGAUAAUUUAAAACUUAUGAUGAAUAUGCUUAAAGAAAAAUCACGAAACAUACAAUUUGAAGCAUUUCAUGUAUUUAAGGUAUUUGUUGCUAAUCCAAAUAAACCAAAACCAAUUCUUGAUAUACUUCUCCGUAAUCAAGAAAAGUUGAUAGAAUUUCUAACGCGCUUCCACACAGAUCGUUCGGAAGAUGAACAGUUUAAUGAUGAGAAAGCGUACCUAAUAAAACAGAUCAAAGAACUUAAGUCUGUACAUGAAAAUUAAGUCAAAAAUACAACUAAUGCUACAGCUACUGUUAUUAUUACAAUCAACUCUAUUGCUACUACUGCUAUUCUACUAUUACCACCAAUGUCGCUAUUGUGGCUAUUUAUUAUUCUAAGACUAUAUUAUUCAAUUAGCAUCAUCAUCAUCUUCAUCAUCAACAUCAACAUCAUCAAUGUCAUCGUCAUCUUUAAUGUUAUUUUUUAGCAUCACCACUGCAAUUAUUAUCACUCUUAUCACAAUUACCAUUGUUUCCAUCAUCAUCAUUCUUAUUGUAAUAUUAUUUUUAUUACAUUAAUGUUGUUAUU